AUGAGGCUUCUGCGCUCAAUUGUCGCCCUCUGUGCCGGCGCUUCCGCCGUGUCGGCACUGUCGAUCCCCCGCGACGUCAGCGCCCUGGCUGUCCGCGCCACUGAUGACGUCUCCACCUUCGCCGCUCGCGCCGCAUCUCUUUUCGACUCCAAGGCUCUCGAGAAGCGCAAGGGUGGCGGAGGUCGUGGAGGUGGCAGCUCUAGCGGCGGCAGCUCUUCAUCUGGUAGCGGUCGCAGUGGCGGCUCGUCUUCCAGCAGCGGCAGCUCCUCGUCCAGCGGCCGCACAUCAUCCUCGUCCAACACCGGCGGCCGCACGUCGUCGGGCUCGGGCGUCCGCCCUGCCUACGGUGGCGGCGCCUACUAUGGCGGCGGUUCCUCAGUCCCCUAUACCGCAGGACGCGCCACGCCCCGCGGCAUCAGCCCGUUCCUCUUCCCCGUUGCCGCUCUAGCCUUCCUGCCCGCCAUCUGGCUGGCGUCGAGCGCGUACGGCGCCUACGGCUAUCACUACAACCACCCGUACAGCUUCCGCAACACGUCCGACUCCAACAACAACGGCACCAACACCACCCUGCCCAUCGAGUGCUACUGCCAGCAGUACACGACGUGCGGCUGCGACGACAACAACGACACGGCUUACUACAGCAGCCUGGUCGGCAACGGCAGCUACGACGCCUUAAACAAGAGCCUCGUCACCGUCGCCCGUGUCAACGGCACCGAUACCCUCCUCAUCAACGGCGUCCUACCCAAUGGGACCACCGCUUCCGGCGGCUCCGACUCGGCCGCCCCGCCUGCCCUGGCUAAGUUUGGUGGCUGGUGGGCCUUUAUCUCGCUCACCGUCUACGCCGUUUGCUUCUUGUAG